CCAGCAGAUGCCGCUCCAGUAAGAGGCGGAGCUACACGGAGGGGCGGAGCUUCCACGUCACUCUCCAUAAACGAAAGGUAAGUUGGUCAGAGAGGCAGACGCGCUGCAGUGAAGACAAGUCUCCGUGUUUCUGAGAGAAAAGUCAAAGUGACGUCAUCAGGUGUUCCUCAGCAACACAGCAGAGUCUCUUGAGAACACAGGUGAGUACAGCUGGUCACAUUUACACCUUCAACAAGCAGGAAGAACACACAACGCACAUGGCUUCUGCAAACUAUGGUCCACCUGAAGAUCAGUUCCUGUGCUCCAUCUGUCUGGAUGUGUUCACUGAUCCAGUCUCCACACCAUGUGGACACAACUUCUGCAUGAACUGCAUCAAUGAACACUGGAACACCAGCGACCAGAACCUGUGUCCAAUGUGUAAGGAGGACUUCACCACCAGACCUGAUUUGAGGGUCAACACCAUGUUCUCUGAGAUGGUUGUUCAGUUCAGACAGUCCACUCAGCAGAAAGCCAGCAGCAGCAGCUCAGAGCAACAAGAGUCCAAACCAGGAGAAGUUCCCUGUGACGUCUGCACUGGAACCAAAGUGAAGGCCCUCAAGUCCUGCCUGGUGUGUCUGGUCUCCUACUGUGAGACUCACCUGGAGCCUCAUCUGACUAUGUCAGGUCUGAAGAGACAUCAGCUGAUGGACCCUGUGGAGAACCUGGAAGGCAGGAUGUGUACGAAGCACGAUAAACCUCUGGAGCUGUUCUGUAAGAGCGACCAGACGUGUGUGUGCAUGCUCUGCACUGUUUUAGACCACAAGAACCAUGAUGUUGUUCCUCUGAAAGAAGAAUAUGAAGAAAAGAAGGUUGAACUAAAGAAGACAGAGGGUGAAAUCCAGCAGAUGAUCCAGAAGAGAAGACUGAAGAUUCAGAAGAUCAAACACUCGGUGGACCUCAGUGAGGAAGAUGCAGUCAGAGAGAAAGCAGAAGGUGUUCAGGUCUUCACUGAUCUGAUGGAGUCUGUUAGAAGAGGCUUGAAGGAGCUCCUCAAAACAAUAGAAGAGAAGCAGGAAACCACAAAGAAACAGGCUGAAGCUUUCAUCAGAGAGCUGGACCAGGAAAUCUCUGAGCUGAUGAAGAGGAGCGCUGAGGUGGAGCAGCUCUCUCUCUCUGAAGACCACCUCCAUCUUCUCCAGUCCUCAAACAUCCAUCAGCCACCACCCACCAAGGACUGGACAGAGGUCAGUGUUUGUCCUUCAUAUGAGAGGACUGUGGUGAGAGCUGUGUCUCAGCUGGAGGAGACACUCAGUAAAAAGAUGAAGAAGGUGUUUACUGAGCUGAAGAGGGUCCAGAUGUUUGCAGUGGAUGUGACUCUUGAUCCUGAAACAGCUCAUCGUCAACUCAUCCUGUCUGAUGAUGGGAAACAAGUGAAACGUGGUAAUGUGAAGAAGAAUCUCCCAAACAACCCAGAGAGAUUCUCUCAUUGGUUCUGUGUUGUAACAAAGCAGAGUUUCUCUUCAGGCAGAUUCUACUUUGAGGUUCAGGUUGAAGGAAAGACUCGGUGGUUUUUAGGAGUGAUCAGAGAGUCUGUCAACAGGAAGGAAAUCAUCUCACGGAGUCCUCAGAAUGGUUACUGGAUUCUAUGUUUGACAAAUGGAAAUAAAUACCAAGCUCUUGAUGAUCCUCCAGUUGAUCUCUCGGUGAAGUCUGGUCCUCAGAAGGUGGGGGUGUUUGUGGACUAUGAGGAGGGUGUGGUCUCCUUUUAUGACGUAGAAGCUGCAGCUCUCAUCUACUCCUUCACUGGCUGCUCCUUCACUGAGAAGCUCUUCCCCUACUUUGAUCCUGGUCAUAAUGUCUUUGGUACAAACUCUGCUCCUCUGAUCAUCUCUCCUGUCAAAGUAAACUAAACAUUCUCUUCUUUCAUGUAAUGAUUUUUUUUCAUUAAAGGGAAAAAAUGUACAUUAUUUGUAUACUGUAUGUUCUUUUUUUUCAUGAUCCUUAUGGAGAAAAUCUAUUUCAACCUUUUAAAUCCAGACUUUUUUAUUUUCACUAAAUAUCCAAAGCUGAAGUUUGACUUUGAGUAAAUUAUCAAAACAAAUCAUUUCUGAUGUCUGUUACCUUUCCAUCAUGUUCACAGGAUACACUUUGUGUUAUUGUUGUACUGCUUUAAAGAUCAAUGGACAAAGUAAAAUAAUUAUAUAGAUGUAAAUGUUCUCUUGGUGUGAAAAGUGGUUUGAAUAAUUAACUUUGGCUCAUUUUGUUUUGUGAAUAUUUGUAAGAUGACUUAAAAUUGAUUGAUUUUGUUGUUGAACACGUUACUUUUGUCUUAUAACUUCUUAUAAAUAGGAAUCUAAGAAUCAAACACUGAACAGAAUAACUGCACAAAAAGUAAAUAUAUAUAUAUACGUUAAUAAAUACUUCUUGUUUAAUGCAGGAAACAUGUCCGAGUUCUUUGUUUAUUGAUCAUGUGACAAUUGGUCAGUGUGAACGACGAGUUCCACAGAAAGAUCAAUUCUAACGUGAGUUAAUAUCCGAGGUUGAUGAAACUGUUCAGUGGCUUCAGAUACUGAGGAGAAUCCACUCCACUGAGAACCAGCAGCAGAAGAAGAACC